AUGUAUCUAAACAUUUUGAAAACGGCUUUCCUCGUGUUAUGUUUACUGGAACUAACACAAGCAGCCUCUUUAAGAUGUUUCAACGGUACUCUCACCAACUACAUAGAGGCACCAUUGGAUAAUGCAACCCUCGUCAAGCCAUUGCUUACAAAGAACUUUACUAUGAUCUUCACUGGUGGCUGGGAGAGCAAGCCUAGCGGGCCCGCAAAUACGGCCAUGAUGCAGGCUUGCUUUACGAAAAAUGAUACCAAUUGCUGCAUAUUGAACUGGGAGACAGAAGCUUCUUGUGCACUUGGGUAUGCUUGUGUCGUGAAUAGGGUUGAAACGGUCGGCGAUCAAUUCGGUGCAGCGCUGGUGGUUCUGCUCCAAAAUGGUAUAUUAUUUGUGGAGAGACUUAUACUGAUGGGUCACUCCCUCGGGAGCCACGUCAACGGAGGCGCUGGGCGCAGGACCGCAGCAUCAAACUAUACACUACAGAGAAUGACGGGGCUGGAUCCCGCUGGGCCUUUAUUCAAUCCUCCUUCAACUUAUCGACCGUUUAGUUAUACCGAUGCCGACUACACGGAGGUAGUUCAUACGGACGCUGGAGGCUAUGGCAUCAGAAAUUCUACCGUCUCAGUGCAGUUCUGGCCUAACACUGAUCAGCCUAACUCUCAGAACGCAUGUGUUGGAAGCACGGAUCCUAUGUGCAGCCACAACAUGGCUUGGAGAUUUGCCGCAGAGAGUAUCACGAGAAACGGGUCCUUCGUAGCCAUUUACGCAGUGUCCUACCAAAGUUGGCUCAGUGGAGGAGGCGACCCUAACCGGACUUUAAUCAUGACAACAUUUUUCGAUCAAGGCCAACGUGGAGCUCAUUACCUGCGAACAAGGGCCACGUCUCCAUACGGCUUGUAUCAGAACGGCACAUCGCCCAACUAGGAGGAGACCUUUGUACCAAAGUUUGGAAUUAGGUACAGACACAUCAACGUACCUCAAUCUAUCAAAUUUCUUCAGUAGAUUUUCAACCUUAUCACGGUAAUCUUCGAUUGGUAAAAUUUGUCAGAUUCCAGAGAACCUAACAAUGCCGGUUUGUUCUAUAUUCCAGACUUAAGGGUUUCCCGUCAAAAUGGGUUGUUGUAGGUUCAGUACCUAUAGUUUUUUUUGCUAUUAUGUGUGUUUAUUAAGUAUUUACCAAUCUUAUUAUUAGUUACCUUUGUCAGUCGGUACAUAUUCACUGAUACAUUGUAGGUACUUUCAAUGAAAUAUUUUCAUUAACUUUUUGCUUGAGGUUUAUGCGUCGAGCUUGAUGGUAGAACCAAUGUAAAAACUUAUCUAUCUGUAUUCGAAGAAAUAUUAUUUGAAUUGCUGCCCGAAUUAACUAUAUUUGGGUAAAACCUCUACAGUACCUUAUUCAUCAAAAUCAUCUGGGGAUUAGGAAAGUAUUUUGUAGAGAUAGUGUUUUUACAAUAAGCUUGAAUGCAUUUUUUGGGAACACCGGGGAAUAUGAAGACACUAAAAAUAAGGUCUUGCAGCCAUGAUUUUCACGACGACAGCGUGCAAAGAACUUAAUCUCUAACCCAUUUACUGACUGGCAUAGGCUAAUGAUUUUGAAUUAUAAGCUUCUUAAUAUUUAUGUUAGAGC